CGGCCAUAGACACUGGUUAUAGUCUUCUUUUUUACUUAACAAUUUUUUCUCAAGAAGAAAUAAUUUUCGAACAAAAGGCAUGCCAGAAGGAGAGGAGGCUUCAGAUUCUACGUAGGAUUUCAGUGCCAUCCAGUUGCCGGGACUUUCCCUGGAGCCUCGUCCCCUGACCGACCUCUGAAGGCACCCCUGUUUUUGUCCCUUGAUCUUGGGGUCCCCGCGCGGCCAUGGCUCCCUCUCUGGCUACGUCCUUCUCCCGCCGCUGGUGGAUGGCGGUGACGGCGGUGAUCGAGAACCUGCUGUUCUCCGCGGUGCUGCUGGGAUGGGGCUCUCUGCUCAUCAUGCUGAAGUCAGAGGGAUUCUACUCCUACCUCUGCGUCGAACCCGGGAACGUGUCGGUGCUGAACCACAGCCAGCCUGUCUCUGCGGCAGAAGGGGAUAACCACUCGGAGCAGAGUGGCGGGGCGAGUCCCGAGGAGGAGAACCUGAAAAUGAAUGGCUGGACCAUCUGUAAGGAUCAGGACGAGAUGCUGAACCUGGCCUUCACUGUGGGAUCCUUCCUGCUGAGCGCCAUCACUCUCCCCCUGGGCAUUGUCAUGGACAAAUAUGGGCCACGUAAACUCCGUCUGCUGGGCAGUGGAAGCUUUGCCCUCUCCUGCCUGAUGAUGGCCUAUGUUUCCACUAACCCCAACGAGCUGUCAGUCCUGAUCUUCAUUGUUCUCGCACUGAAUGGUUUUGGAGGAAUGUGCAUGACCUUCACAUCUCUGACGCUGCCAAAUAUGUUUGGUGACCUCAGAUCAACUUUCAUCGCCCUCAUGAUUGGGUCCUAUGCUUCCUCUGCGGUCACCUUUCCGGGGAUAAAGGUGGUGUAUGACCUGGGCGUACCUUUCGUCACCAUCCUGCUGGUGUGGGCUGGCUGUGCCGGCCUCGUCUUCAUCAACUGCUUCUGCAACUGGCCUUUGGAACCCUUCCCUGGACCGGAGGACAUGGACUUCACAGUGAAGAUCAAGUUCAGCUGGCUGGGCUUUGAUCACAAGAUCACAGGAAAGCAGUUCUACCGGCAGGUGACCACCGUGGGCCGUCGCCUGAGCGUGGGAAACGCCAUCCAACACAGCACCAAAGACCUGGCUGCCCAGGAGGGCAACAAGCUCUGCCUCUCCACCGUCGACCUGGAGGUCAAAUGCCAGGCUCAGGAUACAUCCCCGUCGUUCAUGCAGAGUGUGUUCAGCCCCAUAUUCCUGCUGAGCCUGAUCACCAUGUGCAUCACACAGCUGCGCCUCAUCUUCUACAUGGGAGCCAUGAACAGCAUACUGGAGUCCCUGACUGAGGGAGACCUAAAUAAAGUGAGUCUCUACACCUCCAUCUUUGGAGUGCUGCAGCUCCUCUGCCUGCUGACAGCCCCUGUGAUUGGCUACAUCAUGGACUGGAAGCUGAAGGACUGUGAUGACGGAGACUCUGCUGGGGACGCGGCCAAGAACCAGGUGCAGCCCAAACGGCGAAGCAGGCAGAUCCAGAAGAUCACAAACUCCACGAGGGCCUUCCUGUUCACCAACCUGCUGCUGGUUGGCUUUGGCGUCACAUGUCUGGUGCCAAACCUGCCCAUUCAGAUUUUUUCCUUUGUCCUGCACACGAUCGUGCGAGGGUUCAUCCACUCUGCCUGCGGGGGGCUGUACGCUGCCGUAUACCCGUCCUCUCAGUUUGGCAGUUUGACCGGGAUGCAGUCCCUCAUCAGCGCGCUGUUCGCCCUCCUGCAGCAGCCCCUGUUCAUGGCCAUGAUGGGGCCCCUCGAGGGAGACCCUCUCUGGGUGAACGUGGGGCUGCUGGGGCUGAGCAUGCUGGGGUUCUGCCUGCCGCUCUACCUCCUCUGCUACAGCCGCCGGCUCACGCGGGAGAAGCGCGAGCGCGAGGAGGACCCCAAGAUGCACGUCAAGGUCUGAGGCCUUCGUACGGAGAGGAAGACGGAGAGAGGGGAACGCGCAGGGGGGGGGGGGGGGGGGCAAAGACUUUAAAUCACGGCCCUGUGAUUAUCGCUCCUCCCCCCCGCACCUGCACUCUACUCGUUCUACCAGACAUUCCUGAAAAAAAAACAACAAAAAAAACAAACGCACAGACACAGGUGUCACGUCCCACACACCCCUGCACCUUUCACGGAUGUGCAUGGAGCACAGCUCGAAUGGUGACGGAAAGCACAUCCCUUUUCACGGUCCCCAACGCCAUGGCACACACCUGUAUACACACUGUGAAAGAUGCACACCGCUCAUACGUUGGAAUUCACCUUUCCUCAACGCACACGUGCAGAGUGUUCGACCGGGGAACCUGCUGCCCCUGUUAUUGAGAGCAUCUGAGGGAAGGACUGAAGGAAUGACGGACAGAAGGAAGGAGGGAGAAGAAGGGAGAAAAUGAGAAAGGGAGUAAGGGAAUUUUUGGACAGGGUGCACCUCCGAGCUGGGCCAGGGUUUCGGCAGCCCUAAACAAAAUGUUGUUGUUGUGCACCCAAAAGAAAAAACCUGAACUGUGUGGCCCAAGGAUGGUUGUGACCUUAAAUGACUGCAUUGAGUGUUUAUGCCAGCAACCACCUCUGGUCUGCCCCCUCAGUCAUGUGUCAGGAUGCUUCUCUUCUCUGUCUCUUUUUCCUUUGUUGACCAUUUCCUGUCCUGAAAAUCACAGUAAGAACAAAAUUAAUGGCACUCAAAGACUUUCACCUUGGGAAAAGAGAAGCCAAACAAUAUGAUUCCUCUCGCAUGAUAUUAUCUUUCUCUUCCAGAAUUUUUAACACCAGUAUUUAACAUGACUAUUGCAGAGAAAGGCCUGUACCCUGAGAUUAUAGGUACCCAUAGUUUACUCAUGUUUGAGAGUGAAGAGAUUGCGAGUUUGGUGGAAUCUAGAAGAGCCCUCCUUCCUAAUGUUUUCAUUUCAUAUAUCGAUCACAGUGUUUUUUUUUAUUUUUUACUUGCAUUUAAUCUCACCUUUAAUAGCCAGAUUAUUGGAUGAGCUAUGGAAGCAGUAUUGAGGUACGCUUCAAAGUUUCAAGAUUUCUCCCUAACAUGGUGCUAAACGAUAACAAGAGUAGCAGUAAUAUUUUUUAAAUGGGAGGAAAGGAAUCACUUGCACUUUCUGUCAUAAUGUUUUCCUAAAAGACAGCAACAGGAUGUGGACCUGUGUGUGUUAAAGGCACAUUCAGAACAGAGUUCAUUCUAUUAGUCAGUUCCGCCUGGACUGAACAGCCUUUGCUGCUCUUGCACAGCCUGUAGUCUGGUCUGGUCAUGGCCGUGUCCCCCCUAAAGAAGUAGUGUCUCCCCGGACACACCAGCAGGAUGUUUUUAUGCACUGCAAUCCAUUGAUCUCGCAUUACUUGUCCUCCUUGACUUCGACGACGCCAGUUGUCCGCUUGACAAAGCUGACACACUCAUAUAUAUUUAUGUAAGUCAUGUUCAAAGUUUAAAAGGCGUACGUCGAAAGGAAGGGCAAAUGGCCUUGUGGUGAAAUUGGUUUCAGUGCUCAGUGGCCCUAUUCCUGCCGUGAGCCCUCACCUGUGUCCGUAGGAUAUCCCGUAUGUGCUCCCGUGCUCUUUGCCUGCUCUUCCUCUCAUUGAACCAAAGCCAUGGCUGCUGCUGCUGAAUGGAAUGGCUGGAUAGCAUGUUAGCUUCGCCCAGAAAGCAGGUCCUGUCGACGGGCAGAAUUGUUUAUUUAGCCUAGUUGUUUGUAGAACUGAUUGAUUUGCCAUGUUUCCGUUGAGUUGCGCUGAUGAAGAGCAGAGAGGCUGCUGGGAGUUUGGUGUCACAGACCGUGGGAUACAAGCCUGAGUGCGGACACUGUUUGUGUGUGUGUGUG